GUAGACAUCUCUCGAAACUGUCGCAAUUAUCGUGCUCGAGUAGAGGAGAAGAAGGGUUGGUUUGAUGACAAUACGGAAAAACUGGCUCUAAGCCAAUAAUAAAUGAUCCCUUUGAAGCGAAUCACACUUAGCAAAUCAGCAACCAUGAACCAAAGAGCCUAAAGUACCUCAGAACGUGAGUACAAUGCAGUGCUGUCGAUUGUUCGAACUAACUUCAAGUCGAUUGUGGCGUGGAGAGCGGACUAGUCUAGCAUAAUGUUUGUCAUCUGUACUCAGUAUCAGAUCUGCUAUCUGCUGUCUGCACGCUCCACGCUCAACGCUGAACGCACAAACUGGGCUGCAGCUUUUUGGGCAAGAGAGCCGAGGUAGGUGAGGUUCACUUACUUGUUCCAUGGCUUGGAGAUCUUAAUUACCUGUAAGAGUCCAGUCACACCCUAGCUUGGCUUGUGCAACCUGAUGUACCAUAGCUUGUACGAUUGUACUGUACAUUACUUCUUACAACAGAGGAGAGUCAAUGAACUAUUGUGGGCAGUGAAAGAUCUAUUAAUUAAUAAUAGCCACGAUGAAAUAACAGCUGAGAAAUUAUAGCUGGAAUUAUGUAGUUAGAGGUGCUCCUUCGGAACAGUCGCCGCGACCGGAACAGCUGUGGACUACUCGAGCGGUGUCUUGCGGGUUUGUUGGUUGGCUCAAUUAUACAUGUACAGUACAAUUUAAAAUACUAGUAGCUAUCCUCUAUUACUAGUAUUAAUAGUAGUAAUCGUUACAUGUACAGCUGUACCGAGGUUCGUGCGGAGUUGUGUCCUCUGUCAACAUCCUGGCAUCCUCGCAGCUUUUCACAUUCACGUUCGAUAUUGCCUCUAAAGCUACGGUAUUAGCGUCGACACUAGCUAGCUAGCUACUAGCUACUAGCUACUAGCUACUAGCUACUGGCAAAGCUCUGGCAACUGGAAAGCCAAACCCAUCAUUCUUCCCAUUGCAAAGCAAACACAGAAAGGCAGAAACAGCCAAACAACCAGCCAUGAACCGCCGCCACAGCACCAACAGUUGCUUCGCCCUCUGCCUAGACGGACAGGUGUUUGAUGUUUCCAAUCUGGUUCUCGCGAGAAAGGACGGACCAGGCUCCCCAUAUGGUGCUGCAGCUCCUGCGUUGAUGACUCAUGUACGUGCCCGUGUUGGAGCUCUCUCACAGAACGGAUCUACGCCCGGAAGAAGACGGGUGCCUCGGAAUCGGCGCCGGUCACUCUAUCCCCUGAGCAGUCAACUCUCCUUGAUGGAGACCCCAGAACUAGGAGAAACGGAUUGGGGAAACACAAGGCCGCAAAAGACCGAAGCAACCGCAUCUGAUCUUCAAUAUCCACCGGAGUCCAUUGAGGAGUUCCACCAUGAAGCGGCAAGUGCACCGAAUGAAACAACGACGUCAAACACUGGGAUAUACGAACACCUGCUAGAGCUUCACGCAUCCUUGGCAGCCUAUAGGCUCAGGGUGCGAGCAACUGCGGCGGCAGCGGUGGGCACCAAUACCGGUACCGCCACAACUUCACAAAACCGGCCCGUUACGACAUUCGCCACGGGCGUGCCCCCGUCAUCCCCCUCUUCACCGCCAAACACCGCAACGGAAAGCUUGCCCAACGUAGCCCCUGCAGCCUCCAACGAAGCAAACGAGCCAGGAAACCCAAUGAUUGAAGUGGGGCCAGGAAGCUAUGCGCCUUACUACGGCGCCUCUCAUACCCUCGACGCGUUGCACAAGAACGAACAUCAAAUCACCAAAUGCAUUUCUUGCCAAUGCUUUCUGGCAUGUGUGUGGGGCAUUCAGUAUGUGAUUUGCCCUUCUUGCCAUGUGGUCAGUAUGGUUGACUAUGGAAAUCGUCGUAGUAGCUUGGAAUUUGAACCAUACGGUGCUGGAAUUGGCUUGCGACGAGACGCCAGAAGAGUCUCUAAUAGCACUGCACGGAAUCCGAACAGGAGGCAGACGGUCUGUUGAUAGUCCAAACGGAGCAAUGAGCUCAGCUAAGCAUCUUUUGACACUCUUUAACUUUUCUCGUCCUUACUAGUGGGUCACUUGAUUCCUCCUGUUUGUUAGCUACGUCGUUCAGGAAAGAGUACAAGCGGCAGACGAUGUCCCAGAACGUCUCCCAACAUUCCUGUCACUACCUUUGGUCAGCCAGGAGCUUUCGCAUACUAUACCGCACAAGUGU